AUGGCCGACAACCCGCCAGACCCGCUCCCCUUCGCCAACUUCGCAGGCAGCGUCCCCGAAGCCUUCGCCUCGAAACCGAGGACUCUCCAAAGCGCCGUCCAAGCAUGGGCCCUCACUCGUGCCGAAGAGUCCCGCCGCCUCCUCUUCGCUCUCCUUUCCCUCCACAACAGCGUCGCCCCCAUCUGCCUUAGACUGCCCACGGAGAUCCUUACCACCAUCUUCGUUCUCCAUGCCGGGGAAGGCGACCCCAUGGUUGUCGCACACGUCUGCCGCAGCUGGCGCGCCGUCGCUCUCGGCACCCCUCGCUUGUGGGCC